AAAAAAAUUCUCUUAAAUUAACUUUUUCGAAAUAUUAAUCGUAAAUAUUCGAAUUUGAUGUAUUAAAGAAAUUAAAUCUAAGAAAAAUCUUAGAAAUAUUAAACCUAAAGAUGAGCAAAGUAAAGUUUGAGAUUUUUCCAAUUCUAAGGUGGAUUCAAAGAACUGGACAUCAUCUAAAACUUUAAAUACCUUAAUCUACGGACUUCACAAAUUUAAAUAUCCGAAAAUUUGAGAAUCGCAGAAUGUAAAAAUCUAAAGACAAUUAAAGUUUAACACUCUUACCACCUAAGGAACUACAAAUUCAACUUUUCUGAAAGCCACAAAUUUAAAUAUUCAAGGAUCCACGAAUAUAUUCUAACUCCUGGUAGAGUAACUUUAUUAAUGAAAAACCAAGAAAACUUCCUAACAGUACAACAUGCUAUGCUCGGCUUAAUAUAUUCUUGCAACACGUAGACUCUAUAAGCUAGGCAUUAGUCGAAGAAUGGCGAAAUGGCGCGGACGUGGUGCCGUCCGAGUUUUGUAGGGAAGCUUUCUGAAGCUACAUCCGGAGGGAUCCCGGCAUUUUGUGCACCACUUUUCAACUCCAGUUGUACUUCAGAUACUUUUACAGAAAAGUCGAAGUUCCGCGAAUUUUUAUCGUACCGCUACAUAUUAUCAAAUCCUUUCUGAAUCAUAAUUUCUUUUUCAUGACAAGAUAUAUAAAGAGUUUAAGAAAAUAAAAGAGAUGUGUCUUAUUUACAAAUUUGAUAAUGAUUUGAUCUUCAAAUAAAAGAGUUUACCGCUUUUAAUUUUACAAAGAGAAAUAUAUGUAUAAUGUUAUUUGACGGUUUUAUUGAGUCCGUGUGAUACAUGCAUAGCUAUUACACAUUAAAGAUUUGUAUAUUUCGUUUAUCGUUGGAAAUUAUUAGAGAACAAAAUAUUUAAAACUCAUCCCUUUUUUUAUCUUUGUGUGUACAUGACGCGCAGUAAAUCGACAUUUGCGACCACUUGUUCGACUUUUUUACUUCACAUUUAACGAUAAAAGUCGCGCUUAUAAAGGUGAGGGAUGUAGAAAUAACGCUAUGAAGCGACGCAGGCGGAAAAUGUUGAAUUUCGGGGAUGGACGGUGUACACACGGUAUACGGCAAUCUAGAUUUGAAUAUGCAUGAGGAUCAAGGCGUAUGGCACACAGCUUGCGCCUUCGGUUUAUCGUGACUCGAGAUACGUUGCAAAGCCAUCUCGAUGACAAAACAAAUAGCAUAUCGAGGAUUAUAAAACUCGCAUUCAUAAUACGCGAAAUCCUCGAAAAAAUAUCUACGCUUUGUCUCGAAAAUAACAGGAGGCAAUUCUAUCAUCAUAGCGAUGUAACAUAUAUAGGCGGACGAUAAAUUUAGUGGAACACCAUGUAGCGAAAAAAUAAUGUUAGAAAUUUUCAAUAGGAAACCUUAAUUUCGACUAAUUUAAUUUAAUUCAAGAUUUCAUGUAAUAAGAUUUCUAACCAUAAUGAUUCAUUAUUUGCAAUAUGUAUUUUUUAGUUUCAGAAUUCUGGUGAAAGUUGUUUACUUCUGUCAAACAUUUUAUUAUUACUUUAACGUUACGCAUUUUUCGUGAGAAGCCCAUUUAGUUCGUUAAAUUUUAUAUUCUAUUGAAAAUGACCGUCCUAUAGUAUAUAAAAUGUUAAAAACUCGUUAGCUUUUUCAUUUUAUUAAGCUCGGUAAUAUUUUUACGGAACAUUUUUUGGUACCAUCUCAUUUUUUGUAGCAGAAAAUUGAACAUUCUAUUGAUAAAAGCUCUCGUAACUUCGCUACAACCGGGACACGUCAGUGAAACAAUUUUUCAUGCACGAAAGAACAAAGCUUUCUAAAAACCUGUUCAAAGUGUGUCUCUAUCAUAAAGAUGGAACGGGACAAUUAUUAUCAGUUGGUCCAUAAACACAUGCGAAAAUGCAUCGCAUACAUUAAUCGGAAGACCCAGCGACUCUUGCACUGUACAUAGCUACGUUUUACUUUCGGUCUCUGCGAUCCUCACAUGCAUCCCGGUAUUUUUGCGAAGUGUACUUUACGAGAAUGCGAGUAUCUUCUAUACGUGACGUCGCGUAAUACGCGCUAAACCUUCGCGCGCGCGUCCUGAAACUUUAUACGUGAUACGUGCGAAGCUUUAUUGUGAUUCAACGUUGCUCCUUCCGUUUCUGAAAUGCAGUUUUCAAAGUACAGCUAUUUAAAUACGAUAGUUUGGAUUACAGACAUGCACGUGUAUUUAUAUAUGUCUCUGUUAAAUUCGGACUUCACAUACUCAUAUGUAUUCAUAUGUAAAUUCCGAGCUAUCAACUUUUAAGUCUCAACUGUCGACUGUUAAUUCUGAAUCUUCAACAGACAUUUCUCAGUUUAUGCUGCAUCGUCGUACACAAACAAUACAAACAGUAGUGACAACGAUGGAAAAUUCACAUUUUUCUUUUUACUUGCGUCUAACAAAUAAUAACUAUUGAUGAAAAAUCAUUGAGUUUUGAAAUUACAAUUAAUUUGAAACAAGUGCGAGAUCGUAAACAUUAACCUGUCGAAUCUAUCUCUAUUUAAAGUCACAUAGAAAGAAGUAAAAUAGCAACUUAAUGUCAGUCCCUAGUCUAAAUUUUUCUGUUAAAAGUUGGCUACUAAAAAUAAAAUACAAUUGCUGCGAGAUACAACUUUAUUAGCUACAAUUAAAAACGUGCUUUAGUACGAAUAGCAAAAAAAAAGUGGCAGUUAUUCGAUGCUACAUUUUAAUAACUAGGAAAUUGAGCUUCGGCAGCAACGAUAUCAGCUAUCCUUUUUUUUUUUAAGGACACAGCUUAGCUGUCACAUUUUAACUAUACUUCAGCUUCGUUGGCUAACCCUUUCUCUGUGUGCACGAAAAGGAUUGGGAGUGGCGCGAAAAGCAGGCGCGCAAAAUUCUUUUAGACUUUAUCAUGCGUUAAUAAAAUGCACGAAAUUGCACGGUCACAUGCUUUUACGUGAGAUAGUUGCACAUUUUACGAUCUCGUUGCCGGUCCAGCAUCCCCCUAUGUUUGUACAAUGGACAUCGCAAUCCCAAGACCGUGAACCGAACGACGCCCUUAACUGGAAAUUGCACCUGCUAUUUGCCCUACAUGCAACGCGCGCACGACGUGCGUUUUUGUCGGCAUGGUAAUGCUGCAAGACGCUGCAAAAUUCGGCCGCGACGCGUCUAAUAAGUAGCGUGCAAUAAGAGAAUGAUAUACGGCCGCAUUACAAAUGUCUCGCGUCGACCGCCCGGCUUGCAGCAGAAUGAUACAGGAUGCGGUAUCGCGGCGCACUAAUUGCAGGCUUUGCGCGCUGCAUGUAUGCAAUGUAUUGGGAAUGCAGUCCUGAGUGCUUCGUUAAUGACAUACGUGUUUUGACCGACUUUUUCAUCGUCAUUUGUAGGUAAAACGAUAAAUAAUAAAUGACGGAGCUGCACUGUUAUUUCAAUCGAACGGCACAAAUUGGAGAUUGCGAAGUUAUCAAUCGUAUUUACAUAUCGUAUAAACUAACGAGUAUACGCUAACCGUUGAUAUACACGCUUUUAGCGCUUAUGUCAUUUACCGUUAUUAUACACGGUCACUAAUCGUUUUACAUUAUCGGUGCUAAAGCGAAAAUAUUAUGUGCAUAUUGAAUGCCUUGUUGUACGGUAACACGUGUUAAUAUAGCAAAUAAAUUAUGCGCCGGAACACACUGUGCUUCGAUAAAAGAAAAUUUACUGUCACUUUUAUUGACAGAUAUGAACGAGGACUUUAAUUGAUGACACUUCGGGUUAUCUUUAUUUAAAAAAAAAAAACUUCUUGACGCGUUCAGAAUAUAACUUCUUCUAUCGCUUUUGACUCGCUUACUUGCUUUCUUAAUCCUAGUUAAUCACGAGCAUUACUCAUUUCUAAACGACGUCUUCGUUCGUAAGAAAGAUGCAAAUGAAGAUCGAUCGGCUAUUUGCAUCUUAAUAUUAUUAUACUUGUAAUUUCUGAAUUUGCAAGGAAAAAAAGAAUUAGCUUAGUAAAACCAAGAUGUAAGGAAUACAAUAUCACAAAAGGCAAUCAAUUCAUUUAAUUCUUAAUUUUUAACAAAAAUUUUUCAAAAGCAACAAUUAUUGCAUUUAAACGACAGUACACUAGGAAAAAUAAAUUAGUGUCUUCAACCAAACCAUUUAGUUAAGACAUUUUUUAACAGCAACCAAAUAUCUUGUUUUCUAUAACAAAAUAUUUAUUUACUUCUGCUAAAUAUACUUUUCUGAUUUGUUCUGUGGACCAAAUGAUUUUGUUCUUAGACCUCGCAUACAACAAUUAAGCAUUUUAGUUAUUUUACCCACAGAAACUACAUAAUAAUUAAAUCUUCUGUUACAUAAGCUAAAAUAAUGCUCAAUGAGUACAAUAUCGUCUUUCUAUGCAUUAAAAUUUAGAUUUUAUACACUAUUUUAUAUAUUAACAAAAUAUUAUAGUAGCUUUAACAAAACUGCCUUGUUCUUCUAACCAAACGAUUUGGUAUAUUUUAUACACAAGAGCGCCGUUAUUCACGAAUAGAUGGCGCAGGUACGUGCUGUUGGAAACAAAUGGUAUCAGAUAAUAGCGUGGUUAGCCCGCGUUUCUGCAUGCCAUUUUAUUUUUUUUUCUGGCUCUACGUGUCUACUGUUGUGAGACGUUAUAUUUAUAACUCAUGUAAUACAAUUACGUGCAGUGAGAUCGUUUCGUGUUUAGUGAAAACAUCUUCGUAAGUAUGAAUUUCAUAGAUAAUUUCUGGAUGCAUGUGAUAUUUGAGGCUAUCACUGUAUGAAGAAAUAUUUCAGCUUUUCCUCCUCUAUAUUUCGUAAUUACCUACCGACAAUUAACUGCCAGUGUUGUUAAUGUGUAGUUUUUAUACAAUAAAAAAACCUAUGCAACGACGUUUACUGAUAGUUGACAGUGGUUACGGAAUACCGGGCCCCAGGAAAUUGUCGAAACUUAUCGGUACACUGAAAAAAAUGCAAUAUAUCCAAUAAGAUAUGUUGUUGCGGGCUGCCAAAUACAGAUAUACUCAAUAGAGUAAUAUAUGCUAUUGCAAUAUCAACAGUGUACUUGCAUUAACAGUAAAUAUUAUUGUAUCGUAUUUUAUGUAGUUGGCAGCCCGCAAUUACAUAUGUUAUUGGCUGUAUUACUUUUUUUUUCUAUGUAUAUCCAAAAGAGUUUAUACCGUGUCCUUCGUGAAAUUUUUUCUGAUUGCAUUUUAAUUUAUUUUAUUGUGAAACUAUUUCAGGCUGUUCUUCUGCGAAACAAACCUUGAAGGUAAACUGAACUUGUGUGUCUUUCUCUGUAUUAUUCUGAUUUUCUCAAGUAUAGCAACGUAGUAUAAAAUGAGCGACGACGACUUCAUUAUUCAAACAUUAAAAGAAUGGGGUCUUGAAAAGUGGACAUCAAAAUUUUUAGACCAAGAAAUAAGCCCUUCAUUAUUGUUGAGUGUUUCGGAACAAACAUUAAUUGAAUUAAUACCAACCAUUGGUGCAAGAUGUAUUUUUAUAGAAAAAAGGAAACAGUUUUUAAAAGAACAGUCAGCAAAGAAUAUUUCUAGAUAUGAAAAUGUUCCGAAUACACAAGGUAUAUCUGCAGACAUAUCCAAAGAAAUAAUAGAACAAGAAAAAGAAGUCGAAUUACCUGAAAUAUUGGAACAAAGUGAAAAUGCAAUACUAAUAGAAAUAGAAGAUACCGUAGCUCAUGAAUCAAAGGAUCUCGAUAUUAAAAAUGUGUAUUCCUUAGAUUAUAAAAAAAUUUUGGAACAAUCUAUAGAUGGAAGAAUUAUUAUUGCUAAUUACAAAAAAGAAGUAAAACUUAAUAAACAAUUACGUUCUAAACUUGUUGACGUAAUUAUAACAAAAUUAAUGUCGUUGUUCUAUAGUAACGAACAAGGGAUAUCUCUAAAAAACGAACAUUUUGAGUUUAUUGCAACUCAAAUUGUAAAAAUAUUUCCUACUGAAAAUAUCAGUGUCUAUUACGUUCCACCUAAAACUGAAGGGCCUCAACAAAAAAUUUCUAAAGGAAAAUUAUUCAAUUAUAAAAGUACAUCAAUAAACUGUUUUAAUUCUAUCUACUAAUUAUAAUAUGCGUUAAUGUAUAUGUAAAAGACACACAUGUAUAUAUGUGUACACACGCAAAUGUGUAAUAAAUUCAUUUAA